CAUUGCCAGCUUGUACACAAUUUCCGGUUGCAGACAUCUCUCCUGACUUACAGUUGGCCUGACUAUGAUGAAUCCUGAGGGGGUACCACAGCAUGGGAAAGGGUAUGAAAGGUAUCCUGCACAGCAUGGAGGACCUGCAGUGGUUCAGACCGUUCAGACUGUGAACAUCAUCACUGAACCCCCCAAGGACCACAUCAUCUGGUCUCUCUUAUGCUUUGUCUACUCGAACCCCUGCUGUCUUGGACUGGUCGCUCUCAUCCACUCCAUCAAGGCCAGGGAUCGGAAAAUGGUUGGUGACCUGGAGGGUGCUCGACAUUACGGCUCAACCGCCCGAUGCUACAACAUCGCAGCCACCGUUUUGUUUUGUUUGGGGAUCUUGAUUUUCAUAAUUUGUUUAAUUGCUACGUCUGUGGCUGCAAGUAAUGCAAGGAGUCAUUAGGGCAAGUAAUCCCUUAGCACAGUACUGGAGUCGACUGAUGCUGUGGCCCCAUGCUAUUAUUCCUCUGCCUGAUUCUUAUGCAAACAUUGUGGGGUUUUCAUUGCUUUAUGCUUAUUUCUGUUGAAAGUCUGCAGAGAAUUUAUUCUCUUUAAUUUGCUGUCUGGAGUCGAGAUUAAAUCCAACUCUUGUUUUUUGAAUUGUCUACAAUUGAGACAUUUUUUUAUUUUAAAUAAAAAAUACUGGCUUGUUUUCA